UCCGCGCGGGACGCGUACGUGAAUCACACGAUAACGAUAUUUAAACUAAAUUGUGUUGUUUAUUUCCUUAUUUAGGGCACUGAUACAAUUUUCAAUUAUAGCUAGCGGUGUCACAACAAUACAUAACAAUAAAAUUUGUGACGAAAAGUGGCGCCAAAAACUCAGUUCAGUGUAAAUUUUGUAAUACGGUAAGGGUAAAAGUAAAAAUGUCUUUCAAGAUGAAAGAAAGAGAGAGACUACCAUUCAACAAAAGCCUAGAUCUGACACUUAUAGCGCUGGUGAAGGAAAACGCGAUUCUGUACAACACAAAGCACCCAAAAUACGCGGAUUACGAGGCCCGCGAAGUUGCCUGGCAGAAAAUAAGCGACAAAAUCGGCAGGCCAGGUGCCAAGUGCAAAUCCCGCUGGAUCAACAUCCGGGACAUGAUGCGGCGCAAGUUGAAAGAACGCUUGAAGAACCCUCCCCAAAGUGCGAUCCACUACAAAUAUGAAGAGGAACUGUCCUUCAUGACGCCUUUCUUCAGAGACUUUACCGAGGACGCGGGCUCCGAAGACCUGGCGGAAUUUUUAGAGGACGAAGCGAGCGGCGAGGUUGAGAUGCCCGAAGAAGUUUUCGUAGUGGAUGGAAUGGACGAAUAUGAACAUGAGACCAAACCAAAUAUGAAGCGAAAACAUGAAGAGAGCUAUAAUGAGCACGCACUACCGCUGAACUCGGCAGAUCCGUUAGAAGUCUUCCUCAUGACGAUAGGAUCGACUAUGAGGUCCUUCAGUCCGUACUACCUGAACCAGGCCAAGUCGAAGAUAUUCCAGGUGGUGCAGGACUAUGAGCUGAAGCAGAUAGUCGGGAAAGACGACAAGCCGGGGAGUAGUAGCGCCAGAUAGUUAGAACUUAGGAUAUAGAGACUUGUUUUCAUGUAAAUAUUUCCGUAAUUUUGUUGAUUUUUGUCCUUAAAAGAUUCUGUUUUUAA